AUGGCCAUUCAUAUAAUAGCGGAGAAUCUUAAUACAGGAUUUAUACCAAGUAGUAGUAUAGUACAUGAACUUAAUUUUAGCAACAAUACAAACAUUAAGGAACAUAAUUCUGCCAGUGACCUUUAUGAGUUUUCUGAUUCUCAAUUUGGUCACAUUUUCACUUAUAGAAAAAAAUUUCAACAAUCUCAAAAAACAUGCUUAAGAAAUUGUCAAUUCAUGGGGACUUUAGAAUCACAGUGA